AUAUAUCGAUGUUAAUAGAGUAUAACAGCUGUUAUAUUACGUAUAUCACGCUGUUACUUCUGUUAUAUAGCAGUUAUAUUCUGUGUUUGCUGGGUAUGAUCAUAUAAGAUUCAAUAUAAGUGACCAGAUCGCGCUAAAUUUCGGAUCUAAUUGUAUAUGAUUAUACACGAUUUGCUAUAUUUAUAUAUGAUCAUAUAAAAUCAGAUUGCGUCAAAUUUCGGAUUUGAUUUUACACGAUCACAUAAAAUCAUAUCUGACUUUUAUAAAAUCUUAUAUAAUUAUAUAAAACCAUACCCGAUAUAUAAUCUCACAUGAUCAUAGGUUUUUUAUUUUUUCUCGGGAUUAGUAUAUUAGAUGAUAAAUAUGAAUUUUUUAACAGGUGCAUGGUAAACGCUGUUGACGGACUCCACAGGUAUUCACCAGAUACUUCCACUUCGGAUGUGUCUUCGAAUGGAUGCGGCUCACCCGAUCGAGGAAGAGUUCUGUUAUCUUCCUCGGCAUCUCCGUAUCUGUCAAACUUCAGAAGGAACGAUCCGAUAGAGAUCACCAGCAAGGUCGGCGAGUUGUCACAAGAAAGUAAAAUGUCCAGCGAGUGCUCGUCAGAUGAGACAGUCAUUUACGUAAUGAAGCCAUCCGAGAACGAGCAGGUGGUGCGUAAUCGUUCCAAGACUGAAGAUGAAGAAAUUGAAAACGAUGUAGACGAUUAUGCAGACGACGAUUCGCAGGAAGGACGGAAUAGUCUUGACAUCGGCGAUACUCAAAAGAUUUUGCCAAGAAUUUACUCGGCUGUCAACUCGGUCAGUUCUCAGGACAGCGGUAUAAAUCUAUCUUUCCACGAAAGCGAUAAGUCAAUAGAUUGUCUCGAUCUAAAACGAAGCAGCAGCGCCGAGUCCAAUUCUACUAACAAUCACGGACGAAAACUCAAGACAACGUCGAUGAUGAGCUUGUCAAGCAAAAGCGUUAAUAAACGACAAACACGACAAACUGACAAUCUUUCAGAAGAUGAAGAAUGUCCGUGCAAUCUGAGAGAAGAAGAGAACGACAGUCAAGAGACAAAAUUUGGAAACAAUGAUUCCAACGUGGGAUUUUCACGAAUUCAAUGGCACUGUCCGCCGAAAAACAUCUGGAAGCCUUCAGUGGAGGCUAUACAAGAGUUUGACAUGAUUCGAGAUAAUGAUCGGGUUCUGGUUUGCUUGUCACUGAACGGUACAGACUCGCUUUCCUUGCUACAUACUCUACAUCAAUAUAAAUUCUACGUCAGAUCAAAGGGAAUCGACUUUGAGAUCGCUGCAGCUACUAUUGACUCUGGUCGAUCCGAUCCUGUAGAAUUGACGAGUUAUCUAAAAACAUUAAAUGUGCCCUACUUGUAUGAGGAGCAAGUGACGGAGUUGACUGGCGCCAGCAUCGAUAAUCCGCUGGAAGUCAACAUUGCCAGCGAAACCUGCAGUUUUUGCGAUAAAUCAGUCAGAACCCAGUUGUAUUCUCUCGCAAAACAAAAUGGAUACAACGUGUUGGCUCUCGGUCAGCAUCUAGAUAAUCUUACAGAGAGUUUUCUCAUUUCGGUCUUUCAUGGCGGCGUGUUGAGGACUAUGAAAGCACAUUAUUACAUACGUCGAGAGAAUCUCAGAGUUAUCAGACCCUUCAUUUAUGUACGAGAAAAGGCACUGAGACAGUUUGCCGAGAACAAAAAGCUACCAAUCUCGCAAAAAUCACGAGUGUCGCAUUUAUCUGAGAAACAAAGUAGAAGAAAGGAACUAAUGCUUUAUCAAGAGCGCGCAUAUCCUCGACUACAUUGGUCCGUGCGCACAGCUCUACGACCUUUGAUAACUGCUCACGGCCAAAUAUCUACUUUCGACUUAACUUGCGCCGGUAGUAACAUCAUCAACAGUUCGGGCAUCAGCAGCAGCAGUAGCACUACUAACAGCACCAGCAACAAUAUGUGCAACAACAGUAAUAACGACGACGGCAACGGCAACAACGCCGAAAAUCAACAGAAACGACAUCGAAGAACAAAGAAUUCUUCAUUGGCAACCAUGUCUUCUUCAUCGCAACAGACUGACGAAAAUAACGAGACCGACGAAGAACCAAUACUUUGAGGAGGGCCUAUCGCGAGAUGGGACUUCGAUCGUUCUAUGGUCUCAUCCUCGCGUCCUCGUCGCAGCUGUCCGACAUCUGCUCUCCUUAAAAAAAGAAGAUUGCGCUUUGCCGCGAGCAUAGUCGCCAAGAUUAAUAAUUGUACUCCAAGCACGACAAAUGAGCGGCGCUAAAUAAAGAGUAGUGUUUAAAUAUGGUUUAAAAAAAUCCUGAAAGGAUUUUUUACUUUUGUUGAACAACACAUUGAGCCUUCACGGAACAUUUUCAUAUUUCCGGACGUUACAUAUACGUUAUUGACGUGUGAGAUAUUUGCCGCAUCUUGCUUGCUGAAUAAAAACUAUGUUUUUUCUGUUAAAAAAAGAAAUAAAGUUGUAUGGAGUUGAUGAGAUGAGACAUUCUUGAUUGAAACCAAUAUAAAUGUAUACGUGUGAAAAUUGUCGCAGUGAAUAAUAGCUACUAUCAAAUUAAUGAAUGAUCUCAGAUACGAGCAGUUGCUUUCUAAUUAGCCAAACGUUUUCGAAAAAAAUCGACAGAAUGUUAUUUAUGUUAACGGUGAUAACAUAGGAACAAUGUAAAUUUUUGUGUUAAUGACGAAUAAAACGCUUGCUUGUGGAUACUUAAACGUAUCUGCAGCUGAUUGCGGAAUUAUGGCUGCUCCUUGAGAAAAUUAGCGGAUUGCUAAGGAACGAAA